UUGAGAGAGUUUAGUUCGUUCAUCCAUGGCUCUGUUCCGACGUCACAAGGGCUUGCGUUCCAAAUGUACUUCUGCUCCUUCUGGAUCAUCUACUGAUGAUGUCUUCUUGAGCUUCAGAGGUGAAGACACCCGAAAGACCUUCACAGAUCACCUCUACACUGCUCUUAUCAACGCCGGAUUUCAUACUUUCCGGGAUGAUCAUGAGCUUGAGAGAGGAGAAAACAUCAAUGCUGAGCUUGCGAAAGCCAUUCAAAAGUCACGAGGUUAUGUCAUUGUGUUUUCCAGAGACUACAUCUCUUCCAGAUGGUGCCUUGACGAGCUUAUCAUGAUCCUUGAGCUCAAGAGGACCUCCAAUCAUGUCGUGCUACCAGUCUUCUACCAUAUCAGCCCAUCUCAACUGAGAGAUCAGGCAAAAACUCUUGCAGAGCACCCUAAAUACAAAGGAAAGCAAUCGUUGGAGAAGUUGAAUUCAUGGCACGCUGCAAUAGGAGAAGUUGCAGAUCUAGCAGGCUUCGUCUUAGAAACUGAAGCUGACAGGCACGAGGCAAAGUUCAUUGAAAGAAUUGUCGGAGUGGUUCAAAAGAAGCUACCCCUUGUCAGUCAUGUGCCCCUUAGCCAGCUCCAGAAGAAAUUAGGGGAUAAGUUAAUAUUUGUUGCCCCGUUUAUUAAUGAGGCUGAGGGGAAGCAACUGGAAUUCCAGGAAUGCGUGAAGCCAUGGCUCCAUGAUCUUAAAGAGGCAAUCUACGAUGCUGAUGACCUGGUGUUGGAGAUUAAAUCUGAAAUUCUGAGGUAA